GGCAAAACAUAUAAGCUUAGCUAGCUUGUUAAGAUACCUGCAAAAAGACAUGGAUGAGUUCAUAACCCGUCCUUACGUGGAGAAGAAGGAGGAGCUUGCUGCUUUUGACGCAGAGAUUAAGAGACUGGACAGGGAGAGAGUCGAGAAGAACGAUAUGCACGACAACUACAUUGGAGGCGAUUUGGGGUAUCUCAACUCCCUUAGGAAGCUGCUGCGUGACUUGGAUGAGAAUGUGGCGCGGGCCAAAUAUGAGUACCAGCAGAAACAAGAAGACCUUCGUGCUUACAUGAGGGAGCUGAGGCUUAACAUGAUGAACAUCUAUGAGAAUGCCAAAUGGAUACUCGACGUCGUUGAUUCAGGCGGCGGCGACGACGACGAUGAUCGUUAUGCCCGCCGGUGGAACAAUCUGCAAAAGAAGCGAGUCAUCUGUUUCAGCCGGGUCGUUGAGAAGAAUAACAAUGCCGCCGACGACUAUGAAGCUUUGGACAAAAUUUUUACCGACCUUUAUGCUCUCGACGUCAAAGCCAAGGCCCUUGAGGAUGGUUCCGCCUGGAUUUAAUUUUUCACCCACAGCUUUCUGGUACGUCAGGUUAAUUUGUGCUUCGAGGCUGGAAUGGAGUGACCAGCUGUAUUUACAUUUUCAAGUUUCUUCAAGUGGCUUUAAUUAGGCCAGUGUCGAAUGUUGUUAUGAUGUAGUUUGUUCAGUGUCGAAUGUUUCAAGUGCAUGCCCAGGUUC